AUGGCGUUUUCCAUUCUCCAUAUUCCUCGACCGAUCUGUGGACAUGGGUUCAGGCUUAGAGAGACUGCCUACAGAUGCAGCUCUGUAGUGCCGCAGCACCCGGAGUUGAGAAAACUGGCUGAAGCUGUGAUUGGUCCCUUGAAGAGUGGGCUUGAAUCCUUCAACACCGUCACAGACUUACUCCUCAGCGUGAAUGCAGACAUCGUCCUUCCUGGAUGCCAGACCUUUGAUGAGAUCAGGAGAGAGAUUGAAAGCAUGAAGCAGGAGUUAGAAAGAUCAGAGCAGGUGGCCAAACAGGAGCUUCUAAAGCUGGAUGGGGAUACUGAGCGUCUCACUGCAGAGCAGAGUUGUUUAGCCAAGGAGAAACAGAAGAGAGAGGGGGAGUUACAGAAUUAUAGAAUAGAGCUGAAGUCGCAUCAGGAGUCAUUAGAGAGGAAUCAGGAAAAACUGAGACAAGCGAGAUGUCGUGUGAAGAAGGCAGAAGAGGCCUAUGACGACAUGAAACGGAGGAGAGAUGAGGCCGAGACAAAGAGGAAUGUUGGGAUUGGUCUCAUGGCGAUCCCAUUCAUCGGAUGGAUCGCUGGUAAGAAAAUAUUUGCUCUAUCUUUGAAUUAA